UUUUUUAAAACAUAAAAAAAAAAUGUUUAAAUAAAUUGAUAAAAUAACAACACAAUGUUUAAAUUUUUAUCGCGAUAAUCAUCAAGUCACUCAGCCCCCCAGGUGAUUGUUGAUCUAAAUUUUGUUCAAAUCAUCUUGGAGCUGAAUUGAGUUGGUAUUUCAUCAUUCAAUGAUGCUCCAAUAAAAAAAUACCAAGAAGAGGAAGAACAGAGGGGAACAGAGGGGAAAAUCACGAGGUUAUUCAAGUGGGGGUAAUCAUCUGGGUGUAUUCCAACAUGGCUGACACUGUCACUGUAAAUACAUCGUGUUUAUCGAAUAUUAUGGAGUCAAAUUAUACAAGAGGUGAACACACCUUGCGUGUUCCAAUGUCACUCUUCGAGGAAAAUCGUAAUCGUCUGAUAAAAGAGUUAAAAAAAAAUUCAAAUUUACCAGAAAAUGCAUUUGUUAUUCUUCAAGGAGGUGAUGAUGUGCCUUUUAAUGACACAGACAUUAACUUUGAAUUCCGACAGGAAUCAUUUUUUCAAUGGUGUUUUGCUGUUGAAGAACCUGGUUGGUUUGGUGCUCUUGAUGUCACGACUGGUAAAUCGAUAUUAUUUUUACCAAGAUUGCCAGCUGAAUACGAAAUUUGGUCUGGUAAAUUGAGUACUCUUGAUGAAUUUAAACAACGUUAUGGUGUUGAUGAAACAUACUACGUUGAUGAGAUUGCAAAUAUUCUAAAGAAAAAAAAUGCACGUGUUCUCUUAACUCUUCGAGGCGAGAAUAGCGACAGUGGAUUAUUUUCAAAGGAAGCUGAAUUCAAAGGAAUUUCACAAUUUCAAAUAAACAAUGAAAUUUUGUAUCCAGUAAUAUGUGAAUGUCGUGUUAUAAAAUCUCCAAAAGAAAUUCAAGUUCUUCGUUAUGUCGUUAAAAUAAGUUCAGAUGCACACAAAGAAGUUAUGAAAAAAAUUCAACCAAAUAUGACGGAAUUUCAAGGUGAAGCAAUAUUUAAAUAUUAUUGUUAUUUAAUUGGUGGUUGUCGUCAUGUAUCAUACACAUGUAUUUGUGGUACUGGACAUAAUUCAUCAAUUUUACAUUAUGGACAUGCUGGUGCACCAAAUAAUAGAGUCAUUAAAGACGGUGAUAUGUGUUUAUUUGAUAUGGGUGCAAAUUAUUGUGGAUAUGCUGCUGAUAUAACAUGUAGCUAUCCAUCAAAUGGAAAAUUUAAUGAUAAACAAAAGCUAAUAUAUAAUGCAGUACUUGAUGCUAGAAAUGCUGUAUUACAAACAGCAAAACCAGGUGUUAAUUGGUGUGAUAUGCAUUUAUUGGCAAAUCGUGUUUUAUUAGAAUCAUUAAAAAAUGGUGGUAUAUUAAAUGGUAGUAUUGAUGAUAUGAUAGGUGUUGGACUUAAUGAAACAUUUCAACCACAUGGACUUGGACAUUUACUUGGUCUUGAUGUACAUGAUGUUGGUGGUUAUCUUCCUGGUUAUCCAGAACGUUCAACAAAACCUGGAAUUAGAAAAUUAAGAACAGCUAGAACACUUAUUGCUGGAAUGGUUUUAACUAUUGAACCUGGAUGUUAUUUUAUUGAUUGUUUGUUGGAUGCAGCAUUGGCAAAUCCAGAACAAAAAAAAUAUAUUAAUCCAGCAAAAUUAGCUGAGUUUCGAGGUUUUGGAGGAGUUAGAAUUGAAGAUGAUGUUCUCAUUACUGAAACUGGAUGUGAAAAUAUGACACAAGUGCCAAGAACGAUUGAAGAAAUUGAAGAAUUUAUGAAAGACAAUAAAAAUAGUAAAUUGCCACAUCAACAAUGAUAAAAUAAAACAUGAAAUAUAUAUUUUUCAAUUUAAUAUUUUGUAAUUUUUAAAUAUUAAAAUUCACUUGAAAAUAUAUAUACAAAUAUUCUAAAUUUAUUUAUCAUUUUAAAGCUCAAUAAAUUUAAUAAAUUUACAAAAAUAUAUGUUUUUUAUUUUACAA